AUGGAUCUAACGCCGGAGCGCGAUCUGAACCCAUCUGCUCGGACAGAGCAACAAGUUCACCAAAUCUUCCACCAGCCGCAGCUCGUUCCCAGCCGCCUGCCUCCGCGCAGGGCCUCACUUGCAAUACCAAACGAGAAGUCAGUGCCUACAAAUAUACACAAGGUUGAGUGUUGGGUCUAUGAUGGAAACCACUUACCCUCCACUUCUUAUGCGCAUGGUACAUUCACCAAAGACGAAAUCACUAGCUGGCUCAAGGCGCCAAGCCCAGCCACGUACAACGGUGUUAAGCCGGCAGCCGGGCUACGACUUCUAUGCAGGGAGCAGGAGACGUCAAUAAAAUGGCCAUUUGACAAGGCCACCUUUGGAGCCAUCCAGGAGGCUCUUGGCCUGCCUGCUACGGUUUCCUACCUCAACAUGCCCAAGUCCGGUGCUUGUGGGAAAUACCUGGGAACACCGGGCCACCCGAUCUUCAUCUUCCACCGAUCCAACAACAACGGCGCCAUCUCCACAGUCCUCAAGUACGACUCAUUCACCAACAUCACCAGUGGCUACGCUCUGCUAGGCCCCCGAAUCUCACUCGAGGCCCUAUGCACCCAAAUCCGCUCCCAAUUUGCCCAAUUCGCCCACCCACUACUAGUCCCAACCGUCCUCAUCGAGCUCACAGCCACAGAUCUAAUGCGCGAACUCUACCACGUCAACCGCCUGCUCACCGCUUCCGAGUACAAAACCCGAUCCGGCGACUGGGAAAUCCAAGACUCCCUCGCCAAUGCUGGGCCUACCCUCGCCCCAGCGCCUGGUGCCCUGCUGGACUCCUGGCACGACGAGGCGGCCGCUGAAAUGCAGCGCGAACCGCCUUACUGGGCCAAAAUGUCGCGCGAGAUGGCGGAAUGUCAGGACAACCACCAGCUCGCGCGCAUCCUAGGCUGGAUGGCGUGCCGCUUUGCCUUCAUGAACGCGGCCGUGCAAUGCAGCCUUAGCAUGGUCGAGUUCACGCGCAAGGAGAUGGAUGCGCUGGAGACAUACGUGGUACCAGCGACCCGGCGCCGACUGAGGGCCAAAGGGGGCGCUGGUGAUGUGAUGAAUAGCGCUUGCUUGCGUCACCGGGUCGAGAUGCUCGAGAGCAAUUUGAGGCACAUGGUCAUAUUUGGGGCCAUCGAGCCGAGGAUGCAGGCUCAGCAAACCAUGCUAUUCAACCUGAUCAACAUCGGGAUGGCCAGAGAUUCGAAAGAGCUGGCCGAGGCAAGCAAGCGCGAUAGUUCCGCUAUGAAGAUUAUUGCCAUGCUUACGACAUUAUUCUUGCCUGGAACAUUUAUUGCGGCCUUUUUUGCCAUGCCCAUCUUGGACUGGAAUGCUCUUUCGAUGAACGAUGUUAUGACGAAUCACUUCUGGCUCUAUUGGGCGAUAUCAAUCCCGCUAACUGUCGUUGUCAUGGCCGUGGUGGGUGCGUAUGGGCGAGUGCAGGCCAUACGGAACCACGAGGCGGCAGCGAAUGCACGAAAAGAGGCUGGGCUCAAGGAGGUUUGA